AUGUUCAUUCUCUAUUUUGGCAAAACAUUAUCAAGAAAUGAUAAUUAUCAUCAAGUAUUAAAAGCUGAUGUUGGUCAAGAUAUCACCAUGUCUUGUAUAUUUGAUGAAAAUAAAAUUGAACAGGUAUCUUUUAUGCGUCAAGUGACAGGUGAUAUAUUAUCACUUGGUUCAGAAUUAUUUGUUCAUCAAUCAUAUAUUGAAUUAAAACGAUUUUCAUCAAAUCGUUUAGAUUUAAAAUUAAAAUCUGUAAAUCAAAAUGAUUCUGGUCUUUAUUCAUGUAUGUUUAAUGAUGAAAAAUUAAUAUCAUAUUUAAUUGAAAUAUUUGUUCCACCUCGUUUUGUAUCAUAUUUUCCAUUGGAAGCAAGUAUUUCAUAUCCUGAAAAUUUUUCAAUGAAUUUAUCUUGUCAUGUUUUUGCUAUACCAUCUGUUAAUAUAACAUGGAUUCAUAAAGAUAAAAAUAAACAAUCAAAAUAUAUUCAUUAUGGAGAAGAUCUAUAUCUAUCGUUUAUUCAACCAUCAGAUAGUGGUUUAUAUGAAUGCAUCGCUUCAAAUAUGUAUCAUGCAACAAUCAGUCGUGCUUUUUAUGUCACUGUUCAAUAUUCCCCUCGAGUACUAAUAUUAAAUGAAAAAACGCGAAAUUUUCUUCAUGAAACAAUUUUUGUCAAAUGUCGAGUAUGUUCAAUUCCACAAGCUGAUCAUAUUUAUUGGUUCAGACAUGAUCAACAAAUAACUGAUGUUAAUAUUCAUAUUAAAAAACAAAUUAUUAAUGAUCAAUGUUCAGAAUCAAUUAUGGAAAUUGUUGAUAUAAAUGAAUAUCAAUUUGAUCAAUAUGAAUGUCGAGGUGAAAAUAUUUUAGGACAUAAAUCAGAUUAUAUUUAUAUUCAACAAAUUUCAAAAGCACGGAAAGUAAAACAAAAGAUUUCAACAGAUGAAAUAAAUCGAAAUGAACGUACUGCUUUAUUACUGAAUAAAUUGCAAAAGAAAAAGAAAAAUCAAACGAAAACAACAACUCAAUCGAGUAAAAAUCUUUUAUCAAAUUCAAUAAAAAAGAAUUGUUCAUGGUGGUGGUGGUGGUGGUGGCUACUCAGUUCAUUCAUCUAUUGGAUUUGGCUAGUGUGA